GCAAAUUGGCAUCCCCGCGACACUUAUUAAGAUCACCUUGGGCUGCGUCUGAUAAACAAAGUAAAAAAGUGACAGCGAGAAGUGAAUAUUCAUUCAAGGAAGAGCAAUACAAACACAAAUCAUAGAAGAGAGAAACUCUGAGAGGGAGAUACCGAGCAGAUGGUACUAUAAAACAGAGAGCAUCUCGCACAGAAAGGGGAGAUUCAUUGAGAAGCAGAGAAUUCAGAAAGAGUAUCAGAAGCUGUGAAGAAAUUUUAAGAAGAAGAGAGGUGGUGAACCAACAAACUCCAACUGCAGGGAAGUUGGGUGCAUUAGAUUCUUUGUUCAUGACAUGGAGUCCACGGUGGAAGCUUUGGAAAAAGAUCUAAAGAAUGUUAGAAAGUACUAUGGGACUGGAAAAACGAAGGAAGCAUCAUGGAGACAAUCACAGCUUAAAGGGUUGCGUAAUUUUCUCGUGGAAAAAGAGGAAGAAAUCUUGAAGGCCCUCAAGAAGGAUUUGGGGAAGCAUUAUGUAGAGGCUUUCAGAGAUGAGGUGGGAGCAUUAAUGAAGACCUUAAAUUUGGCAACCAAGUCUUUGAAAAAUUGGAUGGCGGCCAAAGAGGCUAAACUUCCACGAAUAGCACUGCUUUCCAGUGCAGAGAUUGUUCCUGAGCCACUUGGUCUCGUUCUCAUAAUCUCAUCAUGGAAUUUUCCUUUUGGACUGUCCUUAGAGCCACUAAUAGGAGCAGUAGCUGCUGGAAACACACUAGUUCUAAAGCCUUCAGAGAUGUCCCCUGCUUGCUCUUCUCUUCUAGCCACUGUCCUUCCAACUUACUUGGACAACAAUGCCAUUAGGAUCAUCCAAGGUGGACCUGAAAUGGGCGAGCUACUCCUACAACAAAGAUGGGACAAGAUCUUCUUCACAGGAAGUGCACGGGUGGGGCGAAUUGUUAUGUCUGCAGCAGCGGUGCAUUUGACACCUGUGACUUUGGAGUUGGGUGGAAAGUGCCCGGCAUUGAUGGAUUCCCUUUCCUCUUCCUGGGACAGAGAGGUGGCUGUGAAACGAAUUUUGGUGGCAAAAUAUGGGGCUUGUGCAGGGCAAGCAUGCAUAGCAAUCGAUUAUGUUCUUGUAGAAAAGAGUUUCAGUUCUACGUUGGUGAACUUAAUGAAGGUCGGGAUUAAGAAAAUGUUCGGAGAAAACCCCAAAGCAUCCAACAUAAUUGCAAGGAUAGUCAAUGAUAAACAUUUCUCAAGACUUAGGAAUCUUCUCUCUGAUCCAAAGGUCAAAGAAUCAGUGGUUUUUGGGGGUUCAAUGGACGAAAAAGACUUAUUUAUCGAACCAACAAUAUUACUGGAUCCACCUCUUGAAUCAGCAAUAAUGGCAGAGGAAAUUUUUGGCCCCGUGCUUCCUAUUAUCACGCUGGACAAGUUUGAAGACAGUAUUGAAUUCAUAAACUCAAGACCUAAACCACUGGCAAUCUAUGCCUUCACAAAAAACCAAGCUUUGCAGAGAAGAAUGCUAUCUGAAACAUCAUCUGGAAGUCUUAUAUUCAACGAUGCAAUACUACAAUACAUAGCGGAUACCCUACCAUUUGGAGGAGUUGGUGAAUGUGGAUUUGGCAAGUACCAUGGAAAGUUCUCCUUUGAUGCGUUCAGUCACUAUAAGGCUGUGGCUAGAAGAAGUUUCUUGACUGAUUUUUGGUUCAGGUUUCCUCCAUGGACUCUUGACAAGUUCCAACUACUUGAGGUAGCUUACAAUUUAGACUAUCUUGGAAUAGUUCUAGUUCUGCUCGGCUUAAAGAGAUCAAAACGGUCAUUAUUUCAGGCUUGUAAUUGAUGGGCACUAGUUUCUUUCACUUAUCUUUUUCUAGCAAGCAUCUAAUAAGGAUAGGUUAUUCCUAGCUACUUUGUAUUUCUGGGCAUAGAUACUUAAAUAAGCGUUUUCUCUCUGGUUCUGUAUGUCUUUUAUGUUUCUUUGGUCUUGGGUAAGGCAAUAUUUGG